UGUAAUUAACAUUAACUGCAUUGUACAUUAUAAAUCACUUAUGGAUUGAGUACAUUGUUUGUUUAAAUAAUGUAUUUAUUUAUUUAAUAUAGCGUUGACAAGGCUAUUCACGGCUUCAUUGUAUAAUGAUAAGAUGUCGUUCGCCUCCGCUAACAAGGUGGCAGCAGUAGUUUUAGUGGCUAUUUGCAUUACGAUGAACAUGUCACUCGUGAUCUCUGCAUCGUCCCCUUGGUUCACAGCCGCGGACAGUGCGCAGAUUUGCGUGGGUGGAGUUGAGUGACGUCACGCAGCAGCAUCUCCGCGGUUCUGCGGAAGCUGCGCUAUAACGUCACGACCCCUGUGCUCAUCGUGAGCCCAGCCAAUAAUACGCGACGGUCCCAACCAGACCCGCCUGUACAGUGAAGCUCUCCUUUCACUACAGGAAGCACAAAACGCUUUUUAUUAUACCAGGGAGGAGAGAAAGAUUGCUGGGGUCGCUGGUGAUUUUACGACAUGUUAUGUCGUGCCGUUUAAAGUAUUUAAGUUGUGUUGAAAUGUUUUCUAAUAAUGUAUGUUUUAUUUUUUUAAUUUAGUUUAUUAUCUGCAUGGAGUUCUGUUUUAUUUAAGAACUCAGACACAAUGAUACUAAAUACAAUUUGAUGUCAGUGUUUGUGAAUGAAAAGAGGAUACCGCUUUCCAGUCUCAAACUAAAACCAGUGAAGAUGGACGUCAGUAUCUCCGUGUCGUUCUUUCAAGACGAGCUCGCCUCUACCAUCGAGCACGCAGUGAAAGCGGCUGUAGACACCGUCUUGUGCGAAAUUACUAAAGUUGUCGGCAGCAAAUUCACUGAAUUCCAAAUGGAAAUGUCUGGAAAGGAGAAAGAGAAUGAAAUUCUGAAGCUGAGAUUGGAAAUAUCAGAGAGCGAGUUGAAAGCUGUGCGAGAAUGCAUGAACGCUGCAGGAGCGGAUAUUAAACAUCCUCUAAUAUUUCAAGAUCCCAAAGAGAGCCACGCUAUCCCUGAAUCUGAAGCACGGGAGGGGCCACAGAUAGGAGCAGAUUACACACAAGAGGAGUCCUUUGACCAGGAGUGGUGUGCAAGUCUAAUGCAGGUUACAGAGCUGACAUGUGUUAAAGAUGAAGAGGUCCCUCAACAGGAAUGUGUUUCUAUUAAAGAGGAAUUCAUUGAACAGGAAUGUGUCCCCAUCGCAGAGGAAGUUCCAACUGAAAAUAAUGUCUAUACACUUGAGGAGAACAACAAGCUGGGAUCCAACCUGUGUGGUGAUCGUCCAUCUGAAUGUGAACUGGGAUUUAGAGCUUCUAUAGUAGAUGAAGGAGAACACGACUCCACUCCAUCACCACACUGCAAAAACUCUUCUAAUGGCAAACCACAGCACAAGAAACACAGAGAGACCACACUCCAAGAAGAAAAUGUGAAGAAAUUGAAAACUCACUCAGUUAAAACUCCUUCUUUACAAGACAGACAACCACUUACUGUGGAGAGUACAGAGACUCCACAUUCUGUCUGGUUUAACAAUUCUGAAACCCAGGGCAACUUGAAGACCUUGCCUCAUUCUGUUACAGGUGGGAAGAGUUUCUGUCAAUUAGGCUCUCUAAAAACUCACAAGGGAAAUCACACAGGAGGGACUCAAUUUUCUUGUGGUGAUUGUGGGAAGAGUUUCAAAUUUUUAUCAAAGCUUAAAAGACACCAUCUAACUCACACAGGAGAGAAACCUUAUCACUGCACUGUGUGUGGGAAGAGAUUCAGUCAGUUAGGAAGCCUUAAAAUCCACCUGCGUGUUCACACAGGAGAGAGACCUUUUCACUGUGCUGCAUGUGGAAAGAGAUUCAGUCAGCUAAGUGACCUUAAAAGACACCAGCGCAUUCACACAGAAGAUAAACCUUAUCGCUGCCCUGUUCUGUGGGAAGAGUUUCCGUUUUUUAACAAACCUUAAAAUCCACCAGCGCAUUCACACAAGAGAGAAACCUCAUCACUGCUGAAAUGGGAAGGGAUUCAGUCAUUUAGAAAAUCUUAAAAGUGUGUAACCCUAUCCCUCCACCUCAUGUGUGGAGAAGUUCAGUCAGCUGGAGGCUCUUAAACUGACUUGAUAAAUAGUCACUCCUGAUCACAAUUACUUGUGGAUGGAAAUUAUGAAAUACUGCAUCUUGUUUGGAGCAUUCAUCAUCUUUUGGACCAUUCUGAUUUUGUUUUGUCACACCAUUCAGAUUUUAAUUAUGUCUGCAAGUUUCCCUUUUUUUCUCAUGCACUGCUUAGCCUCUUGCGUAUGGAGGAUAAUUUGUGCCAAAAUUAAUAAAUAAAUAAAUAAACAAACUAAAUAAAUAAUUAAAUAAAAAUCGAUUUUCAAAUGUAUUGAAAUUUAUUUAUUAAUUUAUUUAGUUUUUUUCGUUUUGGCACAAUCUUUUCCCUCUAGUGUUUCAAUGAAUUCCACAACUGCAUAGCGAAGCACUGACUCCCUGCCACAGGAACCAAGUUUGUAUAUCACCAGUCGUCUUAUAGCGGAUAUAUGCAAAAUCUGUCUGCUAACUGAAAAAAUACUCAUUUAUUAUGUAUUGGAUUCCCAAGCCCCCUUCUAUUCGUGAAGAUAAAGCAUCAGCUAAUGUAAAAGCUUAACUGUAUUGUGAUUUUUUUUUUUUUUUAAAUGUGAUAUUUUGUGACAGCUAAGUCACCUUGGGUGCCAGCGUCUGCCAAUCAAUAAAUACAUUCAUACAUAAUAAUAAUAAUAAAAAUUAUUAUUAUUAUUAUUAUUAUUAUUAUUAUCAUCAUCAUAAUAAAAGCGUGCACUUUGUCGGUAACAGGAAAUAAACAUGCAGACACCAAAGAAAAAGUAGACUACAGCGCUAUACGUUGUUUUCAACAGUUUGGUAUAUUUUGAACAGAAUGUUACAAUGUAAUGUUAAUACUUGCUUCAAUAACAACUUUGUUCAAAACACUACAAUGUUGCCGUGUCAUUUUUAAUAGUGUUCAGGAGACGCGUGUAAAUGUUUCUGCAGUCUGCAUGUGUUGUUAUUUGGUUGUGGGUAUUUAAAAAAAAAAAAAAAUUCCAAUCUGCAGAUUUUGGUUUGCUUAUUUUCUGAAGUCUGAUGUGAGGGCUUAGUACUAAGAGAACCACUCCUGUAAAACCAGGAUGACACAAUUUUGAAAUUUCAAGUUUAAAACAGAAGUUAGCUACCAGUAUAUGUGAAUGAAUAUUAUAGCAGACGUUUGUUUUUAAGGAUAUGCAACUUAAUAUAUAACAUAAAUGGAACUUACAAAUACAUUUACACAAUCUCUCUGGCGAUGUGGAGAAAUACAGGACUCCUAGCUGUACGUAUUUAUUAUUAAUAAAUACCUACACUAAACAUGCAUCUAUGUGUUUUAUGUGAUCUAUGCAAUUUCUAUUUUAAGUGUGUGUGUGUAUAUAUAAUAUAUAUUAUAUAUAUAUAUAUAUAAUAUAUAAUAUAUAUCAGUGCCUUGCAUAAGUAUUCACCCCCUUGGACUUUUCCACAUUUUGUAGUGUUACAACCUGGAAUUAAAAUGGAUUUAAUUAGGAUUUGUUGUCACUGAUCUAUGCAAAAUAGUCCAUAAUGUCGAAGUGGGGAAAAAAAUCUAGAUAUUUUUCAAAAUUAUUUACAAAUAAAAAACUGAAAAGUCUUGAUUGCAUAAGUAUUCACCCUGUUUGCUGUGACACCCCUAAAUUAGCUCUGGUGCAACCAAUUGCCUUCAGAAGUCACAUAAUUAGUUGAAUGGAGUCCAUCUGUGUGCAAUUAAAGUGUCACAUGAUCUCAGAUUAAAUACACCUGUUUCUGGAAGUCCCCAGAGUUUGUUAGAGAGCAUAUCUAAACAAACAGCAUCAUGAAGACCAAGGAGCUAUCAAAACAAGUCUGGGAUAAAGUUCUGGAGAAGCACCAAUCAGGGUUGGGUUAUAAAAAAAUAUCUCAAACUUUGAACAUCCCCCGGAGCCCCGUUAAAUCCAUUAUUAAAAAAUGGAAAGAAUAUGGCACAACCGCGACUCUGCCUAGAGAAGGCCGUCCAACAAAACUCAGUGACCAGGUAAGGAGGGCAUUAGUCAGAGAAGCAACCAAGAGGCCAAUGGUAACUCUGAAGGAGCUGGAGAGAUCCACAGCUGAGAUGGGAGAAACCGUCCAUGGGGCAACUAUAACCCGGACGCUCCACAAAGCAGGGCUUUAUGGAAGAGUGGCGAGAAGAACGCCUUUGCUGAAAAAAACCCAUAUCAAAUCCCGUUUGGAUUUUGCCAAAAGGCAUGUGGGAGACACAGCAAACAUGAGGAAAAAAAGGUUCUCUGUUCUGAUGAGACCAAAAUUGAACUUUUUGGCCUUAGCGCAAAACGCUAUGUGUGGCGCAAAGCCAACACUGCUCAUCACCCUGAGAACACCAUCCCCACGGUGAAGCAUGGUGGUGGCAGCAUCAUGUUAUGGGGAUGCUUUUCAUCGGCAGGGACUGGGAAACUGGUCAGGAUUGAGGGCAAGAUGGAUGGAGCCAAAUACAGGGAAAUUCUAGAGGAAAACCUGUUUCAGUCUGCAAGAGACCUGGGACUGGGGCAGAGGUUCACCUUCCAGCAGGACAAUGACCCAAAACACACAGCCAAAGCUACACUGGAGUGGUUUAAAAACAAGAACCUGAAUGUCUUAGAAUGGCCCAGUUAAAGCCCAGACCUCAAUCCGAUUGAGAAUCUGAGGCAAGACUUGAAAAUUGCUGUUCACCAACGGUUCCCAUCCAACUUGACAGAGCUUGAGCAAUUUUGCCAAGAAGAAUGGGCAAAAAUUGUAGGAUCCAGAUGUGCAAAGCUGGUAGAGACUUACCCAAAAAGACUCACAGCAAAGGUGCUUCUAUUAUUAUUAUUUAUUUCUUAGCAGACACCCUUAUCCAGGGCAACUUACAAUUGUUACAAGAUUAUACAUUAUUUCACUUUAUACAGAUAUCACAUUAUUUUUACAUACAAUUACCCAUUUAUACAGUUGGGUUUUUACUGGAGCAAUCUAGGUAAAGUACCUUGCUCAAGGGUACCACAGCAGUGUCCCCCACUGGGGAUUGAACCCACAACCCUCCGGUCAGGAGUCCAGAGCCCUAACCACUACUCCACACUGCUUCUACCAAGUAUUGACUCAGGGGGGUGAAUACUUAUGCAACUAACAAAUGUCUUUUUUUUUGUUUGUUUAAUUUUUAUGUCACAAUAAAAAAUAUUUUGCACCUUCAAAGUGUUAAGUAUGUUGUGUAAAUCAAAUGGUAAAAAUCCCAAUUAAAUCCAUUUUAAUUCCAGGUUGUAACACUACAAAAUGUGGAAAAGUCCAAGGGGGGUGAAUACUUAUGCAAGGCACUGUGUAUAUAUAUAUAUAGCCUAUGCUUGUGUAAUUGCGGCCUGUUUUAUGUUUGUUGUGUUUUGGUGCUGUUGUUUUAAACUGUACAGCGCUUGAGAUGCUUUGUAUUUAAGAGCUUUAUAAAAUAAAGAUUAUUAUUAUGUUACAUGUUACAUAUUGGGCAUUACCGAUAUUUCAAUGUAGGCUAGCAUAAAUAAAACGUUUCUAAUGAUACGAUUAAGAAAGACAUAGCCUUUUGUUUUCAACGUACUGUAAAUGAUAAAUACUGUAUUUAUCAAUGGUAGCCUACAUGUCUUUCAUAAUAUUAAUGUAUAUACUGCUAUAGGCUAUUGGUUUGCACAGUGCCUUCCCUGCAAUGGCAUAUUUCCUAA